CGCAUCGCACAGGCGGUGUUCGUGACGUCAUGUAUUUACAUAGAAAUGCUGUCCGGUGAGAAUGACUUCUUAGCGAUAGAUUUGUUCGAGAUGACAGGUGGUUAAAGCACGAUGUAAUGGUUCGGACGCUCGUAAAGGAAACAUGGGAUAUUGUUUUUUACGCGGUGUCCUUUUCGCGGCCCUGACGGCUUGGACGUUUGCAGACGAUGGACAGGUGACAUUUGUCUCAGAGCUCUCGUCCAAACCAGCUCAGAAGUUGUCCAAGUAUGGUUGGUAUGGCAACGUGAGGCUGCAGAAGUUUCACAUACCAGAGGAUACUGCCAUCGCUCGCUGGCUGUUCUCCGUCACCAAGGGCCACACGUUCCACUGUGGACAGCAUAACGUCACCAUCCAUAUUCAAUAUGGCGCCCCUCCAGUCAUAAACCCGACAGGGACGGUGUUUCCCAAUGCAACCCUAUGGAGCCCCUGUCUGUCUCUGAUCCUUCCUGUGACCUCCGAAACCUCAACGACCUUUAACCUCUCCGAUCCUGCUCCCGGUGAUUGGUAUAUUGGUGCCCACUUACCUGAAGAUGAUGGGCGCAUAGAGCAGAAGGGCUUUCCGUCUUGCUCGUACUUCUUCCAGCCUCAGCUGUCAAUCAGGAGAGCGGUGGACACACCCGUUUUACAGCAGGGCACAUUCGUCCAGCAGACCGCAGGGCCUGACAGACCUGCUCGCCUUAAGUUGUAUGUUCCAGAGUUUGCCUCCUCUCUCUCCGUCUCCGUGGCUGACUGUUCGUCAGAGGAGGGAGCCCUCAGUGGAAACUGUUCACUGGUCCUCAGGCUUGGCUCUACUUCCCUACAGCGCCGCCCAGUAACAGUGAACUGCUCAGGGAUUGGCUGCUCUGCAUCUCUUUCUAACCCACCUUGGGAUACCUGGUUACGAGUUGUCGUGGAGAGCAGCCUGGACAACCGCACCGUGACCUUUAGUAUCGCCUCAAACUGCACAGUGGGGUGCAAGCCAAAAAGUGUUGGCCUUAAAACAGAUGACGACAUCAGCAAGCUACGCGGCAACAGCAGCUCUACCAACUCGACAGCAGCGAGCAACAGCUCCGUGAUUACGGACUCGGUCGACGAAUCGGCACCCGUGAUCACGCCGCCGCAGUCGGCGUGUGUGUGGAGCAUUCCCGUGCUCUACGAGGAGGUGGACGUUCUGUCGCUCCGAUUCACUCCCGCCAGUGGACCCAACGUCAGCGUAACAGACGCACACCCCACACUGCUCGCCUACCCCCUGCACACACAAGCCACCGGGGGAACACUAAACCUACAGCUCGCACUCAACACUACUAAUGUGACCCUGGGAAACAGCAGCAGCGUGGUGGCCUGUCUCUCUCCGAGGGCUCCAGUUCUCGAACUCAACCACUCGGAAUCAUGUCGCACAGCUUUGUUUGGAGGGUACAGCGUUCAGGUGAAUGCCAGUGAUCCCAAAGCUGUGGUCCGACUGCCUUUUCCUCAGCCAACAACAUGGUACCUCACCUUGCAGCUUUCAUGCAACAGCAUUGACUGUGGUAAUACCUCCUUGGUGUCUGUGGUGCCAGAGGUGUUUAUUAGUGCCUGUGUAGAGGACUGUGGGACAUACGGUGAAUGCCGACUGCUGAGAUCCUACAGCUACCUGUACGCUGCCUGCGUCUGCAAAGCUGGCUGGAGCGGUUGGGGCUGCACUGAUGACUCGGCAGCUCAGUCCUACAGUCGCCAGUUGACGGCGACGCUGCUGCUCACGCUCAGUAACCUUUCCUUCCUGCCCGCCAUCGUUGUGGCCAUCAAGCGCUUUUACAUCACUGAGGCCACUGUCUAUCUUUUCACCAUGUUCUUCUCCACGUUUUACCACGCGUGUGACCAGCCAGGUGUAGCAGUCAUGUGCAUUAUGGACUACGAUGCCCUACAAUACUGUGACUUCCUGGGGUCAGUCUGUUCCAUCUGGGUCACCAUCCUCUGCAUGGCUCGCAUCAGAGACGCAUUCAAAUAUACUCUGUUCAUGCUCGGGGCUUUGCUCAUAGCCAUGUCAAUGCAACUGGACCGCAAAGGCCUCUGGAACCUGUUGGGUCCUGUCCUUUGUGCCGUACUGUGCAUGGUCACUGCCUGGGUGUACCGAGGAGUGCAGCGACGUCACUGUUACCCGCCGUCAUGGAAACGCUGGGUCCUCUUCCUGAUUCCUGGGGCAACCUGCGCCCUCGUCGGCGUAUGUUUGUACAUUUUCACCGAGACCGAGGACAACUACUACUACACACACUCGCUGUGGCACCUCCUGGUGGCCAGCUGCGUGGUCUUCCUACUGCCGCCGAAGGAGAAGAACAGGGAGGCGUCGGGCUGGAGCAGAGGCUGGAGCUGGAGACCCCGGGUUUGUGGCUACACUCUGUGUCAGAGUGACAAGGAUGAACUCUACACUGUGACAUAGUAGGACAGGAGAUGCUGUAGGGAAGCAAAGUGACUGGGUAAAAAGAUUUCAGGUUGGAAGAAUCUUUUAACACUUGAAUGAAUGAAUGAAUAUUUCUUAAUAUCUCGAAUCAAACAUUUGAAAAUCAAAUUUCAACCUAUAUUCUCUUAGGGUUACCAUUAUCACUCUUCUUGUAUUUAAAUGAAAAAUAUAUUACACACUCACACACUUCACUUCAUCCAAAUCAAAUCUGCUGAAACCCUCAAAGGGGUCCGUUCCCCCGAGCUGAGGGAAGGAACAUUAAAACCUCCAGGGAUCACGCCACCUGACCUUAUGAUCAGGUGCCUGUUCUAUGAAGCCGCGUUCCCACCAAGCGUCACUCCGUGGUGGUCACCAACUCGUAGAUCCACUGAGGUUUUCUCUGUGGAGCAGCGUAUUUUACAAAGGGAGAGUCAAAUUAUAUUAAAGAAAUACAAUUAAGGGAAACGCAUCUACAUAACGCGGGAGGAACGCCGCUGACUACGUGAAUGUGUAGAUUAAGUGACAAUAUGUCAAAGUUCACUUAUUAGGGCCACAUGCCCGUCCCACUUUGUAGUACUGGCUCCUGGGAUUUUUACAUAUUAUUAUUUAUUUAUUGUUUAAAAGGAAACGCACAUGGAAACUACUUUUAAAUCAAAUUGCCAUGCCUCAUCAUGCCUUCCCACAAUCCACUUCUUUACGUUCUGUAGACCCGUAGUCGAAGGCACGGUGUUAUAUCCAUUGUGCACCGUUUCUUGUAUACUCUCCCCUCUUAUCAUCUCUGUUCAUUUUUACCAACUUUCAUCCUGAAGCCCUUUUAUUUAAAAAGCUAUCUCCACUAUGUGCUGUACAUAGCUCACAUGUACAUCAGUGGCCACUCCGUCUCAAUCUAUAAUCAGAAAACCGUGUGCAGUGCCUCCUCUUUUCUGUACCUUUUUGUGAUUGAGGGCUCUGUAUGAACGUGCACCGCAGCAGUUAAGCUACUGAGAACUCUCUAUAUUUUAAUCAAUGUGCAACAUAUAGAAUAUCUGUGGUCCUUUUCUAGGCGCCUGAUGCUGUUGUGAUUUUUCUCAUUGUGAUUUUGCACUGGUUCAAAUUGAACACUUGCUUGCCUGUUUUGUUUUUUUAUUUUAUUUUUUUAUAUUGUGUUUUACUCUUGUCUGAGAGAGUGUGAAUCCCCUUUUUCUAGUCGUCCCAUUUGAUUAACAGCAUAAAAGGCCUUUCCCUACUACACCACACUGUAGCUCUCAUGCGUGGAAGGAUGAAGAAAUGUGAUGUUCGACCCCUAACAAGACUUUACUUCCUUUUAUUCAUCUUCUACUUUUCAAUCUAUUAAAAUAUCCAGGCAAAAUUGAGCUCACUAAAAAUAAAUCUGUGGUAUGAAGAA